AUCCAGCGCAAAAGAACCCGUUGAACGAUUCCAUCUCUGGAUCAAAUGACGGGUGUUCACAUAGACCCGAACCGGGCUCCGGUCGCUUUUGGGCGGUUGGCCAUCCCGGAGUUGUUCGCCAUGCUGGAGGAGCCCGACGCCACCAGGAGGCUGCAGGCCCUCGCGUCCCUCUGUGACCUCACCCACGACCCGGAGCGACUUUACCAAGUAGUCAGUGAAGGUUUUCUGGAUCAGUUGGAGGUUCUAUUGAAGGACGAAGAUCCUGCAGUCAGGACCAGAACCUGCGAGCUGCUGCAUCUUACCACCAGCCACAACAUCGCGAGACAAGCCCUUCUGUCCUCGCCCCUUCUGGCCCGUCUGUCUCAGCUGCUGGAUGACCCGUCCCCACUCUGCAGGACACGUGCCCACCGCGUAAUAAAUAGCCUGGCGCUGCUGCCUGCAGGUAGGCAGGGGCACCUUGAUGACAUCACAGAGUCACAGACAACGUUAUUUGACGCUUUUUUGGCAGGCGCUAAAGAGUUGCAGGCUCUGGUUCCCAAGUUGAUGCUGAAGCUGCAGGAGGAGCAGGAGGAAAAGCAGGAGGAGGUGCAAGCCCUGCUGCUGUCCACGCUCAGCUGCUGCUCUCGGCUGGACGCCGGCCCAGCCCUGUCACACCGCGGCGUCACGCUCAUCGGCAAAAAGCUGUCGCAUGCCUGUUCCAACAUCCGGAGGGAGGCGGCUGCAGCCAUGAUGGCGCUCAGUGUUCCAGUGGAGGGCAAACGUCAGGUGUGCGAGGCGGCAGUUCUUCCCGUCCUGGCAGACCUUCUACGGGACCAGGAUGUGAAUGUGCAGGCCAACGCCGCUGGUGCUAUCAUGAACACGGUGGUCAUCACCACAGGUAAGCAUCAAUGUUUGGAACUAGAUGUCCUCCCAGUCCUGCUGCAACUUCUCUCAGAGCGCAGAGGGGAUGUAGAAGAGGAGCAAAGCAGGAAGGCAUUGGUCCUUUACUCCCUAAGAGCUCUCACCUCAUUGGCUGAGGCUCCAGAGGGGCGUCGCCGCCUGCUACUGCAGCUUCCCCUGCUGGUGGGGAGGAGCGAGCUCCCUGAGGAGGAUCCCGACAUUCGUCGUGCUGCUCGGACCGCGAUCAACGUUGUCACUUGGACGCCCUGAUCAAGUGUGGCUAACCACUUUCCAAAAGGAAACACCAAUCACAUUUUGAUCAUUGCUAUUGCUAACGUAGCUUAUGCCACUAAGCUGAUUUUAGCGACUGCUUAAGUGUCCUUCAUAUUGCCAUGGAAACAGUUCAUCAUGAGCCAUGAAACAACAACGUCACAUGAUCAUACACGCCGUUAAUUGCUUAUGCUAAAAUGCCAAGAUAGUGUUAGCUUAUUUAUAGUACCGUGACCUUCCUCAAGUUGCUAUGGAAACAAUAUUUAUCACGAAGAUCAUUUGAGGUCAACUUGUGAACUGAAACCAAGUUACUAACGCACAUCCACAUAUUUUAGCUCAGGUGUAGCAAACCCUGGUCUUACGAGACUCAUCCUCUCGCAGGACCAGGGUUCCCGACUCCAUCUGCUUUAGGUGAAUCACCACAUAUGGACAAUUUUCUUUGCAUCCAAUAAAAGUAUUUCUUUGCCAUCUUUUGUUGAUGAUGCCAUGUAGCACUUUGAGAUUCCUCCGAAUGUAAAGUGCGCUACAAAUAUAAUUUAUUAUUAUUAUUAUUAUUGUAUAUAAAUAAAAGGAGUCUUCUGAUUGGCUGUGAUGAUCCAA